AUGAACAAAUGGUCUUUAAGACAAUUAGAUGUUAAAAAUGCAUUUUUACACGGCGAUCUUGAAGAAGAAGUUUUCAUGAGGCAACCCCCUGGUUUUGAAGAUUCUGCACAUCCAGAGUUUGUGUGUCAAUUAAAGAAAUCUCUUUAUGGUCUUAAGCAAGCUCCAAGGGCUUGGAAUGCUAAAUUCACUGGUUAUUUACCAGCUAUUGGUUUCAAAUCCUCUCAUUAUGACCCAAGUUCCAAGGCAUCUUGUAUUCAAGAAGUGGUUGAUGAACUCAGUGCAGUUUUUGAAAUGAAAGACAUGGGAAUGCUAACCUAUUUCUUGGGUUUACAGAUUGAUUAUAAUGCAGAGAGUGAUAUAUUUUCUGAGGGUACACUUCUAUCUGAUCCCUCAUUAUAUCGAAGUGUUGUUGGAGCUUUACAAUAUUUAACAUUUACCAGACCAGAUUUAUCCUAUGCUGUCAAUUCUGUUUGCCAAUACAUGACUGCUCCUACAGAACUUCAUUGGUUACUUGUUAAAAGGAUACUCAGAUACAUUCAGGGCACUCUAGAUCAUGGAUUGAAGUUCUCUAGUGGUCCUUGGCAAUUACAUGCUUUUAGUGAUGCAGAUUGGGCAGGAGAUGUGAAUACCAGACGAUCUACUACGGGAUUUGUGGUUUUCUUAGGUCCUAAUCCUAUUUCAUGGCAAUCCAAGAAACAAACCUCUGUGGCUAAGAGUUCAACAGAAGCUGAGUAUCGAUCCUUGGCACAUACCUCAGCUAAUAUAGCUUGGAUAAGGCAAGUGUUGCAAGAUUUAAAAGUCCGUCUGCCUCAUCAACCUGUUUUGCAUUGUGACAACUUGUCAGCUAUUGCACCCAGUUCUAACCCUGUUUUUCAUUCACGUAUCAAGCAUUUAGAUACUGAUUUUCAUUUUGUCAAAGAGAGAGUUCAAAGAGGAGACCUGAUUGUUCAAUACAUACCAACUGAAGAACAAGUGGCUGAUGUAUUUACCAAAGGUCUUCAUAGUCCUAUUUUCCUCAAACACUGUAUUAAUCUUAGAUUGGGGAACCCAGCUGGGUUUGAGGGGGAAUGA